AUAUUCGAGACAGCGGACCCAAAUCAUUAUUUAUAUCCUAUAAAAUUAAGCAGUUGUAAUAAAUUAUUAAAAGUAGGCAUUUAUUUUAGAGUCUAUGAAUCGAAUAUCUAAAUUUUACUUUUUUCUCGGGCCCUUAAUUUCUCACAAAAUUCCUUCAAUAACCAAACCAAAAAAUUGUUUUAAAUUAAAUUUUACCACCUUAAAUAGGCCAAUUGGAAAUAUUUAUCUGGUUAACAAAAAAAUAAUGUGUAGAACCUUUUACAACACUUAUACAUAUCGAAAUUUAUCAUCUCUCUCUGGUGCAUCUUCACUCAAUGAACAUAAGCUGUCUUCUUCUAUAUUGCCCUAUAUAAAGUUUGAUGACAAUCCCCCUUUGGAAAUGUACAAAGAUGUAUCCACUUUUGAAUUGCUUAAAACUUUAUUUGUUAUGGAACUUUGUUCAAUACCAUUCCUUGUCAAAAAUGCUGAUAAGCUUAUAGCUCUGGCUGAAAUGAUGAUGGGUAAGCAUUUUUGCAACAAAAUUAUAAAAUCUACUAUUUUUCACCAAUUCGUGGCUGGGGAAUCGAUAGAGGACGUUGUCAGGAUACUGAAUCACCUGAAAGUUAAGGGAGUGUCGCCUUUCAUAGCUGUGCCAAUCGAAGAGCUUCCUUAUAACGAAGAUGAUGGGAUAGUUAAAGAGGGUGGUUUCGACGAAAUAUUUGCUAAAAAUGUGGCUUACAUAAUGGAAUCCUUACAUCUGUUUGCACAAAAUUUCCCAAAUUGCCACACUACCAUUAAUUUCAAGAUAUCCUCUCUGAUUCCUACCAAGCUUAUGGAAGAAUUUUGCGAAAAUGUUUUACCCCGUCUAAGCACUGAUUGGUGUUCAAACGUUCAAGCUUUACAAAAUUCUCCAAUAUUUAAUUCUGCAUUAAGCGAAGAAUAUAAAACGGUGAUUAUCAAAGGAUUGAAGACUUUGGAAAAUAUGUGCCAAUUUUCUAGGUAUCACAGUAUAAAAAUAUUGAUAGACAGCGAGUAUUCAACCAUUAAUCCGACUAUUCAAUAUUUCACUAAGUUGCUCAUGAACUCUUACAAUAACUCUUUUCCCACCAUAGGGCUCACCUACCAGUGCUAUUUUAUAGAUAUUUUCAACUACCUUAAAAGAGACGUUGAAUUUUGUCAAAAAAAUGAUUUGAAUUUCAAUUGCAAACUUGUUCGUGGAGCCUACAUUGAAUGGGAAAGGGAUUUGGCCCUUAAGAAGAAAAUUAAUAGUCCUAUUUGUCAAACUUACGAAUUAACGAAUCAAAAUUAUGACCAGGCCGUUAAUUUUUGCUUAGACAAAAUUGGAGGAACGUCAAAUCAUCUCAAAAAUUUCGCUAAAGAUAAAGAAACCGAUUCAAAAUUACAUUUUAUGAUCGCCUCUCAUAAUAUUACAUCGAUCAAUUCAGCUCUCAAAAAAAUGAAAGAUUUGAAUAUCUCUUUAGAUGACUACAGAGUGUCUUUUGCUCAACUUUACGGAAUGUGUGACUACCUCACCUACUUUUUAGUCAAGAACUCUGCGAGCAAAUUAUUGGUUUACAAAAAUCUUCCAUACGGAUCUGUCGAAUCCGUGAUCCCGUAUCUAUUAAGGAGAGCUAGAGAAAAUUUUACUGUUUUUAUUAGGCUAUCAUUCGAAAAAAAAUAUUUAAGACGUGAACUUAGAAACAGAUUGCCUAUUCCUUUGUAAACCCAUUUGUUAAUAAGUCUUUAUACGCAAUUCUUUUAUAAAGGUUUAAGCCAAUUUUAAACUGUUAUUAACAACACCUGGUAUGGGUACUUAUAAUUAAUUUUAAUUUCUAAUAAUUUUUUUUUCAUUCCCAUCGAAAGUAAAUAUUUAAGUAAAAUUUUUAAUACCUACUAUGCGAUUGUUAUGUUUAUAUUCAUUUUUAAAAAAAUCGUUAAUUAUGAAACAAUUAAUCAUUAAAUAUUUUGCAAUUUCCAAUCCUUGUAUUUACUUCCCUAAAAUCUAGUCAUCUAUAAUUUUUAAGUCAUUUAUAUUAUUUAUAUUUCAACGGUUACAUCAAAACAUAUAAUAUAUUCUAUGAAUAAUGAAUUUUAUAUUUUACCUAUUUAAUGUUGUUAAAAAACGAUAUUUUAAAUUUUGUUAUUUUAGCUAUUAAAUAUUGUUAAGAAAUUAUAUAUUAUAUUUUUUGAUGAAAUUAUAA